AUGACCAUUUCUUCUUCUUCUUCUUCUUCUUCUUCUUCCAUAUUCUUUUAUAAAACCCAUAUCUCCCUCCCUUGCUUCUCCAGCAACUCGAACAUUUGAAAGAUUUUAACUAUACAUAUCUGUCUUUGAAUUAGAAGUAUAUAUCUCUACCUGGAACAAUGGCUCUUGAUGAAAUUCCCUUCCUUAUCACUAUGGAGAAGACAUCACAGUUUCCCCUGUUUGUUCUGGUCGAUUUUUUCCUCUGCAGUACCCUCUUGUGCAGAAUGCAGACAUUCUUCAGAAAUUUUUUCUUCUUUUUUCAGUCCCAACUUAGUCCUGUCAACCCAAAGGUAAAAGAAGAUGUACAGCUACAGGUAUCAGACACCGAGGUGAGUCACGGCGAGAGUUUAAGCCGUGAAAACAGAUAUGAUGCGAAGCUAGAGAGGGACGAGGUGAAAAUGGUUAUGGGAAACUUGGGAAUUUUUUGCAGCCCAGAAAGCGAGGAACUUGAGGAAAGGUAUGGUUGGGGUGAGAUUUCUGCGAUGUUUGAAGAGGAAGAACCGAGCUUGGAGGAGGUGAAGAGAGCUUUCGAUGUGUUUGAUGAGAACAGAGAUGGUUUCAUCGAUGGGAGGGAGUUGCAGAGAGUUCUGUGUAUUUUGGGGUUGAAGGAAGCCACCGAACUUGAGAACUGCCAGAAGAUGAUCGCCACCUUCGACGAAAAUGGAGACGGCCGAAUAGAUUUCCGUGAAUUUGUUAAAAUUAUGGAGAACAACUUCCACUGACUUAUUAUGAUUAUUAUAUGUGCUUCUUUGAAUUUGUGCAUGAUCCGAUGCGAAGUUGUGCGAGCUUCUAAAGCUUCGUAACUUAUUUUUCGUCAAGUCAUGUGUACAUUCUUUAAGUAAUUCACGGCACAUGUUAGUGAUUUGUUUGUUUAAAAAUAAAAAUGGUAUAAUGCCUUUUAUGAUA